AUGGAUUCCUUCGGCGACGACGAAUUCCCAGAGCUGACCUAUUACGUAGGCACCUACUGCGACAGCUGCCGGAGAAUGGCCAAGACGGAGAUGAAAGAAGAGUACGACGACGACGAUUACAUUUACGAGGACGACGAUUUUGGUGGCGAUGACACGCUAAAGCUACGUAUGAUCCACUACAGGAGGAACUUGAGGGUGAAUGGUUGUUUUUAUGCUGAUUGCCCUCCACAGUCCACAUUAUAUCCGGGCUUCGAUGACACUGUUCAAGACUGCGCCGAAUUCGCGGUCGAGACAUUUAAUGACGAGCUGGGCGCUGAGAUGGAGCUUCGUGAGAUUGAGAAUGUCUCUGUUGGAGGUUUUGGUUACAGGCAAAUCUAUAUGAUUCUUCGUUGCUGCAAUGUUGGUAGCUCAGGCGAUGGCGGCCCUGAUGAGAAGACUUACAGAGUUGUGGUUUCCUGUUGCUGGUGGAGAAAGGCAAACAAAAAAGUUCUGGUCUUCAACGACUGCUAUGGGAACAAUUUGUUGAAGCCCAAUCGGUCCUUCGACGAGCGCACAACGCCAGAGCAGCGCAGCCCUCAUCCAAUUCAACAUGAUGCCUGA